AGUAAACAUUGUACGCGCUCCUAUAAAUACGACAUAUAUUGCGCCAAGUCAGUAAAUCGUCUGAAACGCAAGCACGAUAACAUCACGGGAAUACUGCAGAGUGACAGUCCAUCACAGACAACGUGGAACAUUAUUUACUAGCAAGAAGAAAAUGAAUUUGAUCAUUUUGACGCUCACAUUUUAUCUGCAACUCUUAAUAACGUAAGUAGGUAGGAAUAAUUAAAAUGCAUGUCACGCCAUGAUAGUUUGUCAAUAUUAUUAAACGUUUUCUAAGUACAAGACAAACAUAUCUAUUUGUACGACCAUGAGUGUGGAUCUAGUUUGGCAAAAUCAACAAUUUUUUUAUUUUUGGUAAAAUCACCAAAUGCACGUAAAAACCAAAAAACUUCUGUUAGACUUUACUCUGUUUGACUACGCGAUUUUUAAACAGUUAACGUGUAUAAAUUGUCGUUGAAAUGGAAAUGUGUUUGUCCUGUAUGGUAUAACAUAUAUUAUAAGGUGUUUACAAAAAUCUCAGGUCAUGCACUAGCUUUUAUUUUUAAUUUGGAUCCCGAAGAUUUGUGGUCCAACGACCAACGUCAUUGCUGGAGUAACAUUGUUGCUUCUGUUCAAAACCUUACAUGUUUGGUAAUGUUUGGAAAAUGUUGAAUCAUGUUUGAAUUUAUUGAAACUUUUCAUUCAACAUCAUCCAACAUGUCGAACCAAGGCUAGAGGAGAGAUUCAACAACGAAAUUCACAUGACAUUUUUUACACUGAUGUGAUGACUUUAUCAUCAUGGAUUAGUGAAAUGCUGAAGACGGCACAUUUUAUGAUUCACCACUCCCUACUAAAACUUUUAACAUGUUUCAAUGCUUAACAUUGUACAAAGAUGUACGCUCCCUUUUGAUAAAAACGUUUUUGUGUAUUUCACUGCAGACUAUUGUGACUAUAUCGCAUUCCACUUUUAAAUUCCCAUGUCAUUAGACUUACGUGAAUAUAGACAUAUCAUUUCAUUAUAUCAAUUACAAUAUUGGCCUAAAUGUCCUAAAUGACUGACGAUCAAUUCCCCUACUAGAACCAUCGCCUGAAUUGCUAGUCUCGUUAAUAAUCUUAUCGAUGAGAUUAAAUGCUUAAUUGGUAUAUUUUUAAAUCAUUGUAGGAGAGUCUCAACACUGCCUUUGCCUAGGUCGAAAAAAGCUAAGGUAAGCAACCAAGAAGGUAGUUUCCCAGGGAAACGUGCCUAAGCUGUUUGCAUGACGAAAUUUGAGUAGUGAUAACAUGUAAUGGAGUUCAAGAGAUCAAGAGAUCUAUCGCUUUGAUGCGAUGACACAUUUUACAAAAUUUUAUGAAAUUUGAGAAUGCGGAUAACAAAAUAUUGAACUGGUUCAGGUGGGGUUUCAGUGUUUCAUAUCAUAUGGUGCUACAUGUUAGUGGGCAACUUCAAAUCUAUUGAUAUUUAUCAGAGCGAGGAAAGAAUGUUACGUGUUUCCGCUACAUGUACUUGUACAAAACACGAGAUCAAUACAUAUAGUAAACAAUUUAGUCUCAUUGAUAACUGUCUUUCCAUUUGGAGUUACCCAUUAUGUGCUGCACUAUUUACAGUAAGAGUCUAAGUGGAACCAUCUAUAUAUAAGAUUUAACUUGCCACAAACCUUUGUGUUCCAACCAUACGUUUUCAAACGAUGUUUUUAUACUGUGAAAAAAAAGAAAGUGCGAUUGAUUUCUCCUCUUUCGCAAUUUUUAUGAUUUUAGCUUAUUUACUAAUUUAGCAAUAUGAUUUUGGUUUGACGUUCCUAAAUUUAGCUUUGGGAAAACUAGCAGGAAAUAUAGAACGUUAUCCAAAAUUUGCAAAUAACAGCAAUAAACGUUCUUUCAUUUAAUUUUGUGAAUGGAAGCCCAAAAACAACUAAAAUGUUUCAGAGAUUUGUGGUGGCGAUUGCAAUUUAGUCAACGUUCAAGUAGUUUUUUUUUCAUCUAACCAUGUCAGUCACAGACCAUUGUGCGUAAGCAAUUCUGAAUAUUCAUGAGAUAUACAAAUUGUAAAAGAGUUUUUGACAAUUGUACCAAAUACAGAAGACAAAUAUAUUGUUGAAAUUUGCUCCUACAGUAAUGUGUUUUUUUUUCUAAUCAAUCAAGCAAACAAAUUAAUAAAACAGGCAAUAAAGUGUUUCCCAUUCAUUUCAAUUGAAAAUUGACAUUUCCCUAAUCUUGAAUCGAGCCCGGCGCGAGAAUUUAAUUAACGUCUAGCUCGCAAUUGUUGCACACCCGGCCUGCUUGGACCGCGAUGACCACACACAGUGCACAUAACACCUGCCUUUCAUUGCUUUCAAAAGUAAAAAGGAAUUAAUUUUUUUUUCGAUGUUGAUGGAAAUACUAUAAACCACAGUUAAUAGACUGUUAACUGUGUAUAAACUAACCUAACCGUUAGAAACUAGGAAAGAAUGGGAAAGAAUGGUUUCCAUUUGAUAACUGCACGACGUGACCAAAUCAAUCGUUUAUGUAAAGUAGAUUACACUGGCCACCUUGACACGACAGUCACUUAGGGACACAGCAAAACAAGUGUGAAAACCUAGAUUAUUUUGCUCUGGGUACAAGAUUAUGUGAAAACGGGCUUUCACUGUAUUUUCUGUUCGGUUCAAUUAAAUUCACGCUGCAGAUUACAAAUCAAUGUUCACCUUCUUUGUGCAAUACACGCAAUAUUAUUAAAUGUUUAACAGUUAAUCACUUUCUACAUAAGUCCAUUUGUACAAAUAUUUAUCGACUUAUCAUAAUAUUGACACUUUGCGGGUGAACCAUAUUAAUUUAUUUUCCCCUCGGGCAAAAGUAACAAUUAGGUGAAACAUUGCAACAAUUAAUCAAGGUUGGCAUAUUUUCCAUUCAGCAGUGUUACAGCAGAUUGUCGUGAACUUCAAAGAUAUUCACACUCAUAAAAAUAAAAUCAAACUAAAUCCCUCACUUUCAAAUAGAACACUAUACUACAUUUAAUGAAAGUAAUGAACACGUUGUUGGUACUUUUUACACAUCGCAUGAUGGUCUUUAGCGAGUCCCACCCAUUGAUAAUCCUAGCUAUAUGUGUGUUCUUUAAUUAACAAAAAAACUUAAAACUCAACGGAAAUUCUUUCUUUCUUACACAGACGCUCCCAACGACAAAAGCCAGCUUUCCGAGAAUUCCCAGUGGACAAAAUGGCAUUAACAUUUCAUAUCCGGCGCUUUUGUACAUACGCCAUACUGGGAAGUUUGUGAAGGUCACCUCAAAUGAAAUCAACGCAUUAACGACGAAAGAAGAUAAACAUGGUAAAUAUUCCAACUAUUUAAUCCUCACAUUCUAAGGCGUGGUCUUAAAUGCUCUUGACAACAUGAUUUAUAGUUAACAAUAGCUCAUUGUUUAAGAAGUUGUUUAUAUUUGAACUUGGUAGAUCUCUCAAAACUGUUUUCCCAGAGGAGGUGCAGUUAGCCAUGAAUCGUGAUUAAAUUCAGUGUUAGUACAGGAGGAAACCGGAGUAUCGCAAGAGAACGGCCGAUUUGUAAUACACCGUACACAACUUUUGCCUAAAACUUGAGUUGUACUUUGUAAAUCAAGCACACAACUCACCUGCGUGUAGUAAGAGGUUGCAUUACGACAGUUUUAGACAAAAUUUGUGUAAAUCGGCCUAUAGAGUCAAACUGGACGCACUCUUCUCAAUGUGACCUGGCGAGAUCAUAAUCAGAUAAGGAACAUUUCCACUCAGGAACAUUUUCCACAGAAAGAAAAUUUUGUACAAUGUGAUUGGCUGACACAAAUUUUCCGUCGGAAAAAAAAUUUGUGAACUUUAUUAAACAAUGAUAUAUUCAGAACAUUUUCUGUCCGUGGAAAUUUUUCUUGAGCGGAAAUGAGUUUUAUACCACACUGAAAGGUGAAAGGUCCUAACCACAGGAUUGAAACUUAUUAUUCAUUAACCAACCUUUGUUUUUCAUUAUUUAGCCGAGCUUCUCUUGACAGCACGAGGCAAGCUAGUCUGGACAAAAUAUGGUUUCCAAAGAGGAAUCUCCAUACAAGGAAAAUACAGUAAAACAUUUGUCUGUAUGAACAGUACCGGACGAGUUUCAUUAAAGGUAAUCUUCACAUCCAACCAAUUCUUUCUUAAAAUUUUGUUCGCUGAAGGCGUAAACGUGAACACUGGAUAAAUAGGAGAUGGCCCUUUCUUGACGUCCGGGGAAGAUCAAUUUAGAACUGAUAGAGUUAUCCAGUAUAACUAAAGUUAGUUUAGUUUAGGUUCCCUCCUGUAGUAACACUGGAUCAAUAAGAGAUGAUCCUUACUUGAUGUCUAGGGAGAACAGUUUAGAACUGAUAGAGCUAUCCAGUAUAACUCAAGUUAGUUUAGUUUAGGUUUCCUCCUGUAGUAACACUGGAUCAAUAAGAGAUGAUUAUUACUUGACGUCUAGGGAGAACAGCUUAGAACUUAUAGAGCCGUAUCCAGUAUAAAUAAAGUUAGUUUAGCUUAGCUUUCGUCCUGAAGUAACAUGUACUGGAUCAAUAAGAGAUGAUCUUUACUUGACGUCUAGGGAAGAACAGUUUUACUGAGAACUGAUAAAGCAUGCCAGUAUAACUAAAGUUAGUUUAGCCGGUUUAGCUUUCGUCCUGAAGUAACACUGGAUUAAUAAGAGAUACCCAUUGAUUGGCCCGCAAUGUGCUUUGUUUAAAGUAGUAGUGCUCUUAUUGGGAUUCCCGACAUCUGAAUUGUGAGUCGGUAUUAAAGUAUACUAAAUCGAUGUAUCUCUUAUCUUUUGAAGAAAAUCUUUAAUAAACAAAAGUGUUUGUUUUACAUGAAAAUCCACAAAAAUGGUUACUACACAUUUCGUUUGGUAAGCAACGAGAAACGGUUUCUGGGUUUCAAGCAAAAUGGGGAAACAAAACUCGGACAUAAAACUGAAUAUCAUCACAAAGCUGCCUGGAUGGUAAUGCAAAUAAAACAUUCCUAACUUUACACAAAAGCAACAAUGUACUUAUAGAUGUAUAUAACUAUUUAUUGAUUAAUUUAUUUAUUUUAUUAUUAACCUUAUUUUAAAAUAAAUUAUAUUUGCUUAGACAUAUCAAGCAGAAGUACAUAAAAUGUACAGAUAUCAAAGUAACAACAAUAAAAAGACUAUUACGGGAACCACUGAG